AUGAAAAUUCUUUUCGAGAUCUAUCAUUCAACAUCAGAAGAUGUUCUUUAUUUACCCAUAUUAAACACCAAUAAAAAAACUUUUCAACUACGCACAGAAACAUUAUGGUUUUUGAAACAAAAUUCAAUAAACGAUUCACAUUUGAUAUUUUUAAAUGAUAAUGAUAAUAUUGAUUUACUAAAAUUAAAAAUGGAAAAAAAACUACAAUUGACAUUAGUUGAUCAUAAUUAUUUGAGAAACGAUUUAAAUGAAAAUGUCGUCGAAAUCAUUGAUCACCAUUCACCAGAUCAAAAUAUUUUAUUAAAAGAACUUUCUCCACCUUCACUGUUAACAUUCAAAGUGAUUAGCCGAAAUUCAACCAAAAGUCGAUCUGAAGUAUUUCGUAAAGCAUUCAUGUUUUCCAAAUCAUUAUCAUUCACACUUGUAUUUUUUAAACAAAUUCACGGAAAAGCACCUGCAUGCAGUAUUACUAGUGUUUCAAGUUUCGAAGCUCCCCUACGCGAACUUUGUGAAGCACUGAAAACCUCUGAGAAAUUAGAUGUUUGGCCUUUUUUUGCAAAAGUUAGUAACGUAAAUCCGUCGUCGAUUACAAUUGAAAAAGUUGGUUCAUGUUGUACAUUAAUCGCAGAAAAACUUUUAUCUGAUAAACAAUUUCAAUUUACUGAGGAAAUAGCAAAUUUAUUACGUGGUCCAAUAUUAUUUGAUACUAUCAAUUUUUCGACAGCAGCUGGUAAAACAACUGAAAAAGAUUGUAAUAUAUUUUCCAAAUUAAAAUCGAUAAUGGCAACAUCAACAGAUGAUAAACAAUUAUUUAAUGACUUAAAUGAACAAGCAGCAGAUAUAUCAGCAAUGUCAAUUGAAGAUUUAUUACAAAAAGAUUUAAAAAUGAGUAUGGGUCCAAAUAUUCGAAUUGCCGUAUCAAGUUUACCGAUGAAUAAUACCUGUGAAGAGUUUAUUAACAAGUUGAAAACAAUGAAAGAUAUUGAAAGUUUUUUACAAAAAAAUGACAAUGCCGAUGCUGUGAUUAUACUAUCGGUGAAAACAAAUGAUAAAAAUGAACCAUCGAGACAAUUGGGAUUAUUUGUUAAAAAAUUUGAACAUUUCAAUAAGUUAUAUAAAUAUAUUCAACAAGAGGAACAUGGUCUCGAAUUACAAGAACGUUCAAUACCGAUUAAUCAAGCACGUUUGAAAUUAUUUAAUCAAAAAAAUGCUCAAGCAUCUAGGAAACAAAUAUUACCAAUUAUCGAACAAUAUGUGAAAAAUUUUGAAGCUUCAAACGAAUAA